AUGAGUUUCCGAAGGCAGUUACGCCUGUUGCUUCACAAGGAGUUCAUUGGUGCGUGGCGAAACAAGCUAUGGACAUUGCUCGAGGUUGCUGUGCCAGUGCUCAUUUCGCUGCCUCUCGUUAUCAUCGUUGUCCAGAUGUCUUCAUCCGUAAAGCAUGACGAGCAGCUCUAUAAGCCUUUUCAAGUGACAGGAGAUUGGCGAGAUGUGGAUAGACUUCUGGAUAAUAUGAAGUCAAUUUACAGUUCUUGUGGUCGACGUAACAAAAGAAGCCUUGGACUCGUUUUCCCGAGCAAUUUCGACGAAAGCGAAGCGCGCUGGGUUGCACGUGAACUGGAAAGUCGUUACCAGCUGUCGAAUUUAUCAAUUAUUAAUCACACUUACAAAUUAGAUGUGCAGAUUUUCGCAAAUGAAACGGCAAUGAUGGAAGCGCUUUCGAAAGAUUUCAGAGAAUCCUUCUUAUGUACAGGCUUCAUUGCUGGUGUGAUAUUUGAUGAAUACAACAAAAGCACGGCACGUUUACGGUAUACGUUACGAAUUCGACAAACUGACGAUCUACAAUCCCAGUGGUACAUUGGCGAUGAUAUUUGGGGGCCCGGCGGAGCGUAUGAAGUUAUGGAAGAUCACUUUCAAGUAAACAUCAUCCCGAACUACUGGUCCUCAGGUUUCCUGUCGCUACAGUAUGCGGUGGAAUCUGUUUUCCUUAAAAGCAUUGCCAGUGCGAAGUACAGUGGAGAUGAUUUGGAGUUCAGUUUGGAGCGUUUGCCCGAGCCUACUUAUUUUGAGAAAGCAAUUACGGAUUUUCUAUCAUUUUUAAUAAUUUUUUGGCAGAUAUCUAUGAUGCCGUGCAUUUUACAUACCGUUUCGAAUAUUGCCAGUGAACGACGUAGCGGCAUGCAGGCAAUUUUUUAUUUUUAUUUUUUUGAACUCUUCGCUAUGGUAUUGCCAGCUUUGUUUAUUAUAACAAUACUCGUUUAUGCUGCGGGAAUUGUGACUUUCGCACUGUGUGCUUCCACGAUUUUCCAUAGUGCAGGAAUGGCUGUCAAAGGAGCUGGCUUCUUAUGGCUUGCUAGCAUCGGUAUGGAAAUCUUUUAA